AUGUCGUCGAAUACCCCUUAUGACCCUAAUCCCUAUGAUCAUCACCACCAAGGGGGCUUUCUCUCCAACUUUAGAAGCUCACUAACUCAGAAUUUUAGAGAAUCACGAGAGUGGUUUUCAGCACAAUCAAUGAUUAUCAAAACUACUUUAGUCGUUAUAGCCUUAUUGUUGGUCGUUGUUUGCAUAUUGUUCCUUAUUUUCCAUUCAUAUCUUAUAAGCGUGCUUAUUCAGCUAUCAGACGAUUGGCGAAAUCUUCCCUAUGGUAGUGUUCUCAUUUUCUUAUUAAUCUUUAUUGUUGGGUUCCCACCUUUAAUUGGUUUCACUGCAAUUAGUCUUUUGACAGGAAUGAUUUAUGGGUUCCCAAAUGGUUGGCCUAUUCUUGCCGCGGGCUCGGUCUUGGGCUCAACUGUGGCAUUUUUGGUGUACAAAUAUUUAUUACAUAACCAAGCCAUGAGGCUAAUGAACCAUAGUGAGAUGUUUAGAGCGUUUGCCGAAAUAUUGAGUGAAGACAACUCACUAGUUUUGUUGAUCUUGAUUCGGUUGUGUCCUACACCUUAUUCCUUGUCCAAUGGAGCACUAUCUGCAAUCCCCGAGCUUUCAUUAUUGAAUUAUUUCCUAGCCAUGUUGAUUACUUCUCCAAAGCUAUUAAUUCAUUUGUAUAUUGGCAGUAAGUUGAAAGAGCUUGGAAAAGGGAGCUCGAACAAGAUUGUCGAUGUGAUUAGUAUUACCAUUACUGGGAUUGCUGCAUCAUUAGCGACUUACUUAAUUUAUGCAAGGAUGCGUGCCAAAUUAGCAAGUUUCCAUCAAAGAGGCGUAGUUAGUGAUGAUGCGUUAUUAUUUGGCAAUUUCGAAGAUGAACUAGAGAUGGCAAGUCACAAUGACAUAGAAUUGAACUCUUCAGAUUUCGAUACUGAUAAUUUUAUAAUUGGAGAUGGUGAAGAGGAGGAAAAUGAAGCACUACAAGGAGAAACAUCUAAGCCGCUGUAG